CGCAAAGGAUUCUCGUCCCUGCACGUUCCAAAGAGUCGUUUCCGUUGGCCGCGCCUGCGCGCCAGAGACCCGGAGCGAGAGCCGGCGGCGGAGGCGGAGGGAAGCGACGCACACUCACAGCGACGCCAUUUGCUGAUUCCAGAGCGUGGGACGAAGGAGGUCGCGCGAGAGACUUUCACAUACUGGGCAACUAGGGGCCUUCCUGCGCACGUGACACUCCUCCUGCCGGCCCCUCGCGCUCUCGCUCUCCACCCGCUCCUGCCCUCCGGAGCUUCCAGCUUGCGACCUGGUGUUCGCUCUCCCUUCUUCCUUCGAAGCGGCUCCCUUCCACCUCGCCCGGAGAGGCGAAGCCCGCCCGCGCGUCCUUUGGAAGAGCCACCGCCCGGGAGGGAGACGGAGACCCCGCAGAGGCCGCCGCAGCCAUGCCCAAGAAUAAAGGAAAGGGAGGUAAAAAUAGACGCAGAGGAAAGAAUGAAAAUGAAUCUGAAAAAAGAGAGUUGGUGUUCAAAGAAGAUGGACAGGAAUAUGCCCAGGUGAUCAAAAUGUUGGGAAAUGGUCGACUAGAAGCAAUGUGUUUUGAUGGUGUGAAGAGGUUAUGUCAUAUCAGAGGGAAAUUAAGAAAAAAGGUUUGGAUAAAUACAUCGGACAUUAUAUUGGUUGGCCUCCGAGACUACCAGGAUAACAAAGCUGAUGUUAUACUAAAAUACAAUGCAGAUGAAGCAAGAAGUUUAAAGGCAUAUGGGGAACUUCCAGAACAUGCCAAAAUCAAUGAAACAGACACAUUUGGUCCUGGAGAUGAUGAUGAAAUCCAGUUUGAUGAUAUCGGGGAUGAUGAUGAAGACAUUGAUGAUAUCUAAAUCGAACUCAACAUUUACAUUCCGAUUUUUCUGAGGAUUGUUCUACUUUGGUAUUUUCAUUUGGAUUUUUGGCCAAGUCCCAUCCUGUUAAGAAGAACGAAACUUCAUUAGCAUGAGUGCAGCUUGUUAAACCAGACUGAUUUAUUUUCAAUGUUUGUUUUAAAAUAUUUAUAUUUCUUUAAAAACUGAUAAUGCUGAAUUACCUUAAGUGAAAUGUUAAGCCCAUUUUUGUCUCUGGUGAAUUAGAUCUUCAACAUUUGGGUAAAAAAACAUAACAUCUAUUUGGUUGUUUUUUUUUUUAAAUGCAUUACUGCCUUUCCUAUUUUGACCACCUCACUUCCAGUAAAUUGAUGUUUGAAUAAAUUGUUUGCCCUAUGAUUAUCAUGGAUUACAAUUAAAUCCCUAGUUUGAAUUUGUGUCUUUUCACUGUACAGAGUCUUUCUGUAUCUUCUAGUUGCCUAGAAAUUCACUUGAGUUUUUGAUAAAAUUUAAGGGAGGCAGAAAUCUGCAUUUAAAGUCAUAAUGCAUGGGUCUGUUUUUCAUAUUUUAAAAGCAUGUGGCUAUUUUUAUACUGAUUUUGAUAUUACACACAUUCUCUCAGUAAAUCUCGUUCUGUUGCCACCAUAAAGAAGUCAAUUUAAAAGAAGCAUUUCAAAAAUGCAGGUGUUUUAAAAUUUGUUUGAGUAGCUAUUUUGAAUUUGUAGUAGUUUCAGAAUUUGAACACUGGGUGGCACUCAAUUACCUUAAAACAUCAGAUAUUGUCAUACAUUAGUUGCAGAUUUUUUUUUUGUAUUAAACAUGCCAAGAAAGUUUCCCCAACAAAAAAAAUAAAUGAUUAAUUAUCUUUCAAAGGUAAACAUGUAGAAUAUUUUUACAGUACAAGGGCUUAUGUUUUAAAUGUCAUUUUAUCUUAACCUUCAGAAGUCGUGUACCUUGCAAUAUAAAAUUUCGGAUAGUUUAUGUACAUUUAAAUUACGAUGUAUAAAUGAAAAUUUGAUGUCAACUUCUAAAAAUGAAGCUUUUGUCCAAAAUUAAACCCUACGGGUGGAGAAAACAAUGGAAAAACAAUCUCCAGUUUCUGAAUGGAAGGGCCACCCCUAAGAAGUCUAAUAAAGACUAAAUCAUUAUGUGGAGAUGAACAUAUUUUAGCCUUACUUUGUGUUUUAGGAUGUGUUUUGUUAUGCAUACAUAUUUUUUGUACCUUACUGGAAUUUAUUUUUAUUUUUUGGCCUGCACCUUGUGAUUCAGUUGGUGUAUAAAACUUCUCCCAUUAGAGUUGGGCAGCUGUUAUACAAGUUUACAGUCUUGGAGAGUUGCCUGGGACACUGAGAGCUUAUAUGGCUUGACCUAUGUUAAAGGCAGGGUUUGAACCCAAGUUUUCCUAAUGUCAAGACUGGCUCUCUAUCACUCUGCCUCCAUCUCAAAUUAUAGAUCUUUAUUUCUCCCAACAUGUGUUGUUUUUUUUGUUUUUGUUUUUUAUUUUUUAUUCAUUACCAGUAGUGAUAUAUAGUGCUUUGAAGAUUUACGAAGAACUUUCCUCACUAUAAUUCUGUGAGGUGGGUAGCGCAACUAUUAUCCCCACUUUGUAGAUAAGAAAAUCGAGUUUGCAAUUUUGCCAAGAUCACAAAGCCUAGUAAGUGUUAGAGCCAGGAUUUGAAUUUAGGUCUCUUAUUCUGUAUCCAACGUUUUUUCCACACCAUGCUGCCUCUCAACUAAUAGUCAUGAAGUCAUGUUAAGGGCUGGACUAUAUAAGGAUACAAAAAGCCACAUUCUUAUUCUAUGCAAUUCUAAGGAAGAAAAUCAAAAAUGUAGUUUGAGAAACUUAACAUAUAUUUUGGUCUCCUGUGAUCUUAUAAAUGAGGGAAAAUACAAUGAAAUGGGGGGAACGCUUUAUGCUUUUUUUUUAAAACAAGCCAAAAAUACUCCACACCAACUUUACUGUUAUUUCCUUUGUUAUAAACAUCAGGUCUUGGAGGUAAGAAAUCUGUGAGGGAAGAAGGCAUAACAAAACUUUUCUCCAUUCUAUAUCUAGGGAAAGGAGAUAGAGCAUACACAUAACUCAAGUUUGCCUUCUUUAUCACUAGCUCUAAUAGGUGAGACAAGUGAUUGGUUGGGUAUAUGGGGCUGAAACUUUUGGUUUGCUUACUAAUACUUACAGGAAAUGGUGCUAAAGGCUCAUUUUUGUGAUGGUCAUCUACACAUUCCCAUGGUAGACAUACUGCCUAUGGAGAAUUUUAUCCAAAUGACUAAAUGAGUUGCUGGCAGGUGUAAUAUUAAUUCCUUGCUGAAUUAUGUAAUGAUUCUCUUGAUAGGGAAAUAUGAUUAGCAGAUUGAUCCAGUAGAUUCCGAGUUGAUCAUCAUUUACCUUAGAACCGCAGAAAGCACCUUUAUGUGAAUGAUUAUGCCUAUGAAUUUCAUCAGGUAUUUUUUCAUUAUCUGCAUUUGCAUCUCACACCAUUUAUGAUUGUAUUUUUCUGUCAAUUCCUAUAAGGAAGGCAUAGAUUCUAAAAAAGAUUCUCAAGAGACUAAAUGAAACUGAUUUAUAAAUUUUGCUGUGGCUACUUUUAAACCAUCAUGCAUAACAAAUAUCUAGAACUACUUGCUUUGCUCAGAUUAAUGUCCAUUACCAUUGACACUUAAUUUAGUGCUCUCAAUGCCCAGUAAGAUACUCUGUUUCUAGGGUUAAGUCUAUUUGAUCUAGGAUUGAGGUGAUAGGGUUUAAGGUUUAGUUGAUAAGCAACUCAUGUUAGAAAACUUUGGAUUGGUUGUGGGAUUUAUGUAAGGGUUUUUUUCUGAUUAACUUUUUUUAUAAGAAAUUGGAGUGUUCAGAAGAAUUCUCUAUUGCGUUCUUUGAUUCCUGAAACAAUGUAUACAUAGAUAUUAUGGUAUGCACAGAGAAAACUUAGAAAUUUAAGAAUAUUUUUGGCAGUAUGUAUGGUGCUGAUGAAUUUGAGAAAUAGUCAAAUUGUCUUUGUUAUUGAUAAUGGCAUUUGAUUAGAGUGCAUCUUUAAGUGCACUUUUUCUUUGCACUAUUGCUCUUUCUUCCUCACCUCCCAGUAAGAGUAUAGAUAUGCUAUAUCACUAAAGUGACUAGAUAGCCAAAUUAUAGAGAUUCCUAUGUAAAGAUUGUGCCAACAUUUAAUACUUUGACUGUUAAAUGCUAUUGAAAUCUUGGCUCUUUCUGAAGAGAUCAAUUCAUUUAUGGAACUUGUAAACACUGCAUGUUUAGAAAUACUUGUACUUUAGUAAUGAAUUAUCUUUGGUUCAUCUACCAUAUCUAUGGCGUUGUGGCUAUAAAUAUACUUGCUUUUAAAAUAA